AUGAGCAACCUCAAACGAAAGGAUGCCCCCGGAGGCAAUCCUCCUUCUAAAUCAGCAAAGAACACCAAGGAAGCGAGACCCUCCAAAAAGGACACCUCUAGCAAGGAUGCAAAGGCUGCUGCAAAGUCCCCCAAGCCCAAGGCGAGCUCCGCCGAGGUUCCUCCAAAAGCCCCCGUCACCUCCGUCUUGAAGGAUGAGGAGCCAAUGUUCCCCCGAGGUGGUGGCAGCGUCCUCACUCCCCUCGAACAGAAGCAGAUUCAACUCGAGGCCAAGGCUGAUGCCAUCCGCGACGAGGAAUUCAACACCGGGGGCAAGGCGCUCAAGAAGAAGAAGCGGAAGUCGGCACUGAAGAGUGAGAAGAAGGGUGACAAGAAGGGCGCCGAGGAUGAGGAGGACAAUAUCCGGGUUGAAAGUCUCAGCUUCAAGCGACUGGUCAAGGGCUCUCUCGUCCUCGGACAGGUCUCACGGAUCAACAGCCUCGAUAUCGAAGUCGCCCUCCCCAACAACCUGAUCGGCCAUGUUUCAAUUGUUGCCGUAUCAGAGCAACUGACGGAGCGACUGAAAAAGGAUUCCGUCGAGAACGACGACGACAACGACGACGAGGACGACGAGGACGACGAGGAGGCGGCAGACAUCGAGCUCAAGUCCAUUUUCGCAAUUGGCCAAUAUCUUCGACUCUCUGUUAUCUCCACCAUGGACGAAUCGGUCACCGGAAAGAACAAGCGACGAAUCGAGCUUUCACUGCGACCUGCGGAGACCAACGCUGGACUGGAGAAGACCGAUGUCGUGGCCAACAGCACCGUCAUGGCGUCGGUUGUCAGUGUCGAGGACCGAGGAUUUGUCAUGGACCUUGGAAUCCCCAAGCUCAGCGCCUUCCUCCCUAAAACCGAAGUUGACUCCGACAUGGAUGAGCAGAGACUGCAGCCCGGAGCCGUCUUCCUCUGCCAGGUCACCACCAAGGGUGCGAAUGGCAAGAUUGCCCAGCUGUCGCUGUUACAAAAGAAGCUCGGUGACCCUAAGUCCGUCCCCAACGACGCAAACACCAUCAGCGCUUUCCUCCCCGGUACCAUCGCCGAUGUCCUCGUCUCCAACACCGACCGAAGAGGACUUGCUGGAAAGGUUUUGGGAACUCUCGAUGUUACAGCCGAUCUUAUCCACUCUGGUGUCGGCCCCUUGGGAGUCAGCCUCGACUCUGCCUAUAAGAUUGGCUCAAGGGUCAAGGCUAGGGUCAUUUGUAACUUCCCCACGGCCAAGGAACCUAAGCUCGGAAUUUCUCUGCUUCCUCACAUUACUUCCCUCGAACAGAAGCGCCCCACGAAGAAGACCGACGCCAAUAAGCUCCCCACCGAAAUACUACCGAUAUCAUCUCUUGUCGAGAAAUGCACUGUCCGCCAUGUUGAGGCUGAGAUUGGUCUGUACGUCGACAUCGGCAUCCCCGGCCUCAGCGGUUUCGUCCACAUCUCCCGAGUCAAGGAUGGCAAGGUUGAUGCGUUGUAUGAGACGAGCGGUCCCUACCAAGUUGGAUCUGAGCACAAGGGCCGAGUUAUCGGAUACAAUGAGGUAGAUGGUGUCUUUCAGAUCUCUUUCGAAAAGACAGUUCUGGAGCAGCAGUACCUGCGCCUCGAGGAUGUCCCCAUCGCCGCGGUUGUUACUUGCGAGAUCGAAAAGGUUGUCAUCAACGAGAAUGGAGUUGGCGGUCUGAUCCUCAAGAUUGCUGAGGGCAUUACUGGCCUCGUUCCCGAGAGCCACCUGUCUGACGUACACCUUCAGCAUCCCGAGAAGAAGUUUCGACAGGGUAUGAAGGUCAAGGCUCGAGUCCUUUCCACGAACCUGUCUAAGAAGCAAAUGCGCCUUACCCUCAAGAAGACCCUGGUCAACUCAGAAGCCCCUGUCGUCAAGUCGUACGAGGAUGUUAGUGUUGGUAUGCAGAUUCCCGGUACUAUCGUCAAGAUCCACGCCACCAGCGCCUUCAUCCAGUUCUUCGGCUCGAUUAGGGGCUACCUGCCCGUCUCUGAGAUGAGCGAAGCUUACAUCCGCGACCCCAAUGAGCACUUCCGCAUUGGCCAAGUCGUCAGUGUUCACGCCCUGGAUGUUGACCCCGAGACGAAGAGGCUUGUGGUGUCCUGCAAGGACCCCUCAGCGUUCGGCUUGGACAAGCAGAAUGCCCUGAAGGCAUUGCAACUCGGAGACAUCAUCUCUGCCAAGGUUACCCAGAAGACCGAGGACCAAGUCCUCGUCGAGCUGGACAGCGGAUUGAAGGCCAUCCUCCCCGCUGGUCACCUUACCGACAAGUCGGCCUCCAAGAACCAGUAUGCCUUGAAGAGAAUCUCCGUUGGCCAGACCAUGUCCGACUUGAUGGUUAUCGACAAGAACGAGAAGCGCCGAGCCAUUAUCCUCACUCAAAAACCCAGUCUCAUCAGCGCCUCCAAGAACAAGUCCCUGCUCACCAGCUUCGAAGAUGCCAAGGAAGGCAAGGUCCUUGCUGGAUUCGUGCGAAACGUUACCCUCACCGCCAUCUUUGUUCAAUUCGCCGGUGCCCUCAAUGCUUUGCUACCUAAGUCCCGCCUUUCUACCGAUGUACAGGCACUCCCUGAGUUCGGCAUGCAGAAGUAUCAGUCUAUUGAGGUCAAGGUCAUCUCGACGAUCCCGGAUCUUAAGCGAAUUAUGGUUGCCCCCGCGGAUUACGACGAAAAGGCCGAUUCAAACAAGAAGUCCAAGGACAAGGCCCCUGUUGAUGACUUGACAGUCGGAAGCGUUGCUGAGGCCAAGAUUACUUCCAUCAAGGACACCCAACUUAACGUACAGCUUGUCGAUACUCAAACUCAAGGACGAAUUGACGUGUCUCAAGUUUUCGAUAACUGGGAAGACAUUGUCAACUCCAAGGACCCUCUCGACAAAUUCAACAAGAAACAGGUCCUCAAGGUCCGUGUCCUAGGAGUUCAUGACGCCAAGGAUCAUCGUUUCCUGCCUUUCUCCCACCGUUCCGUUCACUCUGUCCUCGAGUUGACCGCCAAGCCUAGCGAUUUCGGGGCCGACACUCUUAAGCCUUUGUCGCUUGACCAGCUCAAGGUUGGAGACAGUUACAUCGCCUAUGUCAACAACUCUACGGCUCAAUACCUUUGGGUCAACCUGUCGCCUUCGGUCCGCGGUCGCAUUUCCGCAAUUGAGGCUUCCGAUGACUUGUCUCAACUCAACGACCUGGUGGCCAACUUUCCCAUUGGCUCAGCCCUGAAGGUUAGAGUUACUGCGGUUGACGUCCGAAACAACCGUUUGGAUCUGUCUGCCCGUUCUUCCCGCGCUUCCGAGGCGAUCAACUGGAGUGCACUCAAGCAGAACAUGGUUCUUCCUGGACGAGUGACAAAGGUCAACGAGCGACAGAUCCUUGUUAAGCUUAGUGAGCUUGUUUCUGGUCCCGUCCAUCUCCCCGAUAUAGCCGAUGACUACGACUAUGUCAACACCCUUCUCUACAAGAAGAGCGACUUUGUUCGCGUCUCAAUUGUUGAGAUGGACCAGAGCAACAAGAGGCUCCGACUAUCUAUCCGCCCCUCCCGCAUUAUGAGCUCUACUCUCCCUGUCAAAGACAAGGAGGUCAGCGAGGUGUCUCAGAUCAGCAACGGAGACAUCGUUCGAGGCUUCGUGAAGAAUGUUUCCGACAAGGGCCUAUUCGUCCUCCUUGGUGGCCAAGUCACCGCUCUCGUCAAGAUUUCCAAUCUGUCCGACAGGUUCAUCAAAGAAUGGAAAGAUCAGUUCCAAGUUGAUCAACUCGUCAAGGGUAGAGUUAUUGCUGUCGACGCCAUCACUCGCCAUGUAGAGCUAAGCCUCAAGUCUUCCGUUGUUGAUGAGGACUACACUCCUCUAAUCACCCUUAACGAUAUCAAGGAAGGCCAGGUAGUGACCGGCAAGGUUCGCAAGGUUGAGGAGUUUGGAGCCUUCAUUCUCAUCGACAACUCGGCGAAUGUCAGUGGUCUCUGCCAUCGUUCUCAGAUGGCCGAGAAGUCCGUUCAGGAUGCCACUAAGUUGUACAAGGAGGGCGAUGCUGUGAAGGCUAGGGUUCUUGAAGUUGACGUCAAGAAGAGACGAAUCACCUUUGGCUUGAAGCCUUCCCUCUUUGACGAUGAGGACUCUGACAUGGAAUCGAAUAGUUCCGAACAGGGCGCUGCCCUCGAGGAUGAUGAUGAAGACAGCGAUGAGGAUAUUGAGAUGGGCGAUGGAGGUGUGGAGAUUCUCGGUACCGACAACGCGGAUGACUCUGAUGAAGAUGACGAGGAAGAUGAAGAGGAUGAUGACGAGGAGGACGAAGAGGACGACGAGGAUGAUGAUGAAGAUGAGGAGAUGGAGGACCGACCUGCCAAGAAGACCAAGGGCCUUGGUGCUGGCAAGAAGUCGGAGUGGGCUGCUGAUCCAUUCGCCAACUCUGAGUCUGAGUCCGAGGAGAAGCCCAAGGACGAUAAGAAGAAGAAGGCCAAGAAGGGGAAGACGGAAGCCCUGGUCGACAGGACAGCCGAGCUGGACGUGAAUGGCCCCCAGACUUCUAGCGACUACGAACGACUUCUGCUGGGACAGCCUGACUCGUCUGAGCUCUGGAUUGCCUACAUGGCGUUCCAGAUGCAAGUGAGCGAGCUUUCCAAAGCCCGCGAGGUUGCAGAGCGAGCCAUCAAGUCUAUCAAUAUCCGAGAGGAGACGGAGAAGCUCAACGUCUGGGUCGCGUUCCUCAACUUGGAGGUUGCCUACGGCAGCAAGACCACUGUGGAUGAGGUGUUCAAGCGGGCUUGCCAAUACAACGACGAGCAGGAGGUCUAUGAGCGACUGGCCAGCAUCUACAUCCAGUCCGAGAAGGUCAAGCUUGCCGACGAAUUGUUUGAAGCCAUGGUCAAGAAGUUCGGUGCCAAGUCUCCCAGUGUAUGGAUGAACUACGCCCACUUCUUGCACGUCACCCGCAGCGACCCGGCUCGAGCCCGAGCCCUUCUCCCCAGGGCCACUCAGCAGCUCGCCAGCCAUCACAGCCAGAACUUGAUCGGCCGCUUCGCCGCUUUGGAGUUCCGAUCCCCCAACGGUGAGCCUGAGCGUGGCCGGACCAUGUUCGAGGGCCUCCUCGCCGCCUUCCCGAAGAAGGGCGACCUGUGGAGCCAGCUGCUCGAUCUCGAGAUUGGCAUUGCCGGCGCCGACGCUGACCUCACCGCCGUGAGGGACGUCUUCGAGCGGAGGACGAGGGUCAAGGGCCUCAAGCCGCAGCAGGCGGAGAAGUGGUUCAAGAGAUGGACUGCUUGGGAGGAGAAGCUGGACGCCAAGGGCAAGGACAGGGUGAUGGCCAAGGCUCAGGACUGGGCGGCCGCGUUCAAGGCCAACAAGGAGGCCGAGGCGGCUGCGGCCCAGGACGAGGAGAUGGAAGAGUAA